AUGGACAUUCUUCAAAAAGGUUACAAUGUAAUAUUGGCGCCUCCGAAAGUUCAACAGGCAGAUGGAGCAAUUUCUACUCUUUGCGAUCGACUGGAACAUGCGACUCUCUUUGAAGAUAGAAAAGCUGCUGCUCUUGGUAUAAAGAGCUUUGCACGGGAGUUUAAGGAAUUGGUCGCUGCCCAUGGUCUUAAAGGGAUUAUUCGAUCUUUACACCGCGAUUCAGAAGAUCCAGAGCUAUUAAGGGUGGCUUUGGAAACAUGUUUAGUACUGACAAAAUCUACAGAUGAAACUCCCUCUAGUGACACAGUUUUAUGGGUCUCUGAUCAAUUUAUUUUAAAUCAUGAUAACAUUCAGUGUCUACUAAAUAGUGUUCUACACUCUGAUUUUUACGUCCAGUUAUAUUCUAUCGAACUCUUUUCAUCUAUCUUGGCUUGUAGACCUGCCGAGUUGAAGGAUUGCAUUCAAAGUUUCCCUUCAGCAAUCUCAAAUAUUAUGACUCCGUUAAGAGAUACUAGAGAGCCGAUUCGAAAUGCCGCUUUAUAUUUUUUGAAAGACCUGACCAUGGAUUGUGCUAGCCUACAGAAACUUGUUGUUUUUGAGAAUGCAUUUGAUUCUAUAUUAUCUAUUUUGGAUAUUGAGGGUGGAAUCGACGGUGGACUAAUUUCUGCAGAUGCACUUGUCUUUUUAGACAUUCUUUUGAAAGACAAUAUCACCAACCAACAUUUCUUUCGAGAAUCCAAUCAAAUACCUGGUAUCAUAAGUCUAAUAGAUCCAAAUAUAAUUAUAGACGCAAAUUGGGAUUCUCUUCGUAUUCGUUGUAUUAAGCUCGUUCUACAUGUCUUACAGUCUUUGACGCCUAUUGGUCUUUCGUCUGGAAAAGCUAAUCAAAACGCUAUUAUGAAAAGCAGUUCUUACGAUUUCCUCCUUCAGUUGGCAACUAAUGAAGAUUUGUUACAUUUGGAUAUCCCAAAAAUCAUAUGGAUUACCCUUGCCCAUUUAGUAUACGGAAAUAGCGACUGUCAGGUAGCUUUAGUCAAGAACCCUUAUUUCACCAAUCGGGAAACAGAUAUUUUAUCUUCUCUCAUAAACCAAAUCUUUCUUCCUGUGAUUUCUCCUUCGCAUCGAUAUUCUGUUGUCUUCCUUCUGAGGGCGUUAGUUGAGUCAAAUGACCAUUUGGCUGAAACCUUCUUACAGAGGAUUAUAGAUACUUAUCGGAACAAAAGUACCUCAAGAAUGAAUCUUUUAGACCAAUACCUCGACAUUUCCAUACUUGCGGACACCGAACAAUAUAGUCAUUGGCUGAUUAGCGUUAUUUUAAGCUACUUGGUAGCAGGCAGCGAUGAGAGAAAAUUGCAAUUAUGUACAAUACCACUGUAUCAAGACAUUGCUGCUGAUGAGGAAGAUGAAGAAGAAGUCACUUUUAUUCAAUGUAUUUCCACCAAGCUCAUUGCAACAUUAAGACAUGAUCAUGCCCUUCAUAACUGUGUUGGAUAUCUGACUUUACUUAUCACUUUGGUUGACAAUAACGCUCACUGCGUAAAAGACUUCUUAUCUGAAAGUAGUGUACUACAGACCUUAUUGACGACACUACUGGACGAGUCUUCGACAGCGAGCUCCAUAAUUCAGGGUAUGAUAGCCGUCCUAUUGUCGUUGGUGUACUAUUAUUGCCCUCUUGACUCGUCGGUGCCAAAAUCCAGUGUUUACGGAGCGAUCAAUUCAGCAGUUACUCGCGAUGUCUUUCUAAACCGCCUUCAUGGGCUACGCCAGCAUGAACAAGUUCGCAACCAUAUUCCAUUGAACGAAACCACCGAUGGUGAUCUUGAUACGUUACUUUUUGAUACAAUGUUCAUCGAUUUCUUCAAAGAUAAUUUUUAUCGCUUGAAACAUUCCAUUGAUGAUGCGUCCGUCGCUUACAAUACCGAUGUUAAUGGAAUUAAUACCUUAAGUGCUUAUGAAGAAGUUCAGCAAAAAUUGAUUAAUGUAGAAAAGGAACUCGCAGAAACUAAACAGUUUUUGAGUACCAUUACAAGCGAUAAAGAGAAAGAGGUAGGAGGCUUUAAGAGUGAGUUGGAAGAAAAACAAAAUUUUAUAAAUGAGCUUCAAGUACUUACAGAUGAGUUUCGUCAAGAAUUGAGCUCUCUUCGACAAAGCUUAUAUGAUAUCAAAAUCGAAUUAGAUUAUUCUAAGUCCAAUGCUAGCAGUAUGGAAGAGGAAAUGAAAGUGCUUCGUGAAGGUCAUGAUAUAGAAAUCAAGGACUUUACUGAAGAAAAUGAAAGACUUCGUGUGCUUUUGGAGUCUACUAAAGAUCAAUUUAAAGUUAUUAGUAUCAAAAAUAAAGACCUGUAUGCGACAAUACAGGAUUUGGAGAAGACCAAUAACGAACUUCAAUCGCUGAAAUCUGAAAAAUCUUCGCUAGAAAAGAAAGUGAAUGAACUCACGGAGAAAAAUCAGGGAUUAAACAAGACCGUGGCAUCAAUGAAAAGCUCUUUGAACGAAUCCCAAAAGUUGGAAAAAUCGUUGGCUCAGCAGAUACAAAAGAAGGACCAUCUUUUAUCUAAACAUAGUGAUGAAAAAAGCUCAUAUGAGAAUCGGAUUAAAGGACUCGAUUUGGAGAAUUCUACUAUAAGAAAAGAAUUGGAAGAAUUGCGUGAAAGUAAGGGUUCAUUAACGGAAGAACUUAAAAAUACUCAGAAUGUUCUAAAGCAGCAAUCCAACGAGUUGAAACUUGCUAAGCAGAAAUACAAUUCUUGUCAAGAAAAGUUGAAUUCAAACUCACAAAGCUCGAAAGCAAGUGAAAAGAAAAUUUCCUCUUUAGAAAAUGAACUUAAGAAAGAAAAAGGAAUAGCCAAGAAAUUGCAAGAGGAGCUAGAUAGCUCCACUUCUGAAGUUCAGCGCUUGAAAAAUGAAAUUACUGAGGGAGAGUCUUCUCGUUCAGCUUCGCAGUCAGCCCAAAAUGUUCAAAAAGAGGAGAUUAAGAAACUUAAGUCCGAUUUAGAUAAGCUUCAGAAAACAAAUAAGACUCUCGAAGAGGAGAAUUUUAAAUCGAAAAACGCAUGUGAAGGAUUACGAAAGAAAGUCACCGAUUUGGAAGCCAAGGAUAACCAAACUACAGCAGAGUUACAAAGACAAAAUACAGAAUUAGAAAAGAAGGUCAAAGAGGCAGAAGAAUACUGGCUGCUUAUCAUUGAGGAGUUGGAAUCAAAGCGAUCGAGGGAUAAAAAAGUUCUGAAACAACUGGGACAUGAAGUCUCUGAAGAUGAAAAUGAAAGUGAUGAAGAUUAA